AUGACGCCCACUCCUCAACACCAACGACCAGCAUGGCAUGGCUCUCUCCGCGGCGACAGUUUUAACGAAGGGCUCGCAGAGCGACUAUGGAUCCGACUUCGACACGGAAGACGAAAGCACUCUCAGCGAACUGCUCUCUGAGCUCGAGGCCAACGCGCCCAAGCGGUUCGUUGUCGAAAGCAUAGAAGAUGAAGCCAUUACUUUGCCCACGCGCGAUCUUGUUAUGCCAAAAGGCCGCCGGGAUAAGGCCACAUCUCCGAAGUAUGGGGCGAAUGUGCUGGAAGAAGACUUGCGUCGGCGUCAACUGCGCAGCCCUUCUGUCGAGAUCGAAUACGCAGAGCACUCGCGCACGUCUUUCGGUGCAUUUAGUGGCGCGAGAAGAGUCGCCUGGACCUCAACGUGCUGUAUUAGUGGAGCCCGAGUCGAACCCCGAAGUUGAAGACACCCGUUCCCCUCUUCAGAGGUUCCGGACGAAACCCAAGAAGCCUCUUUCGGUGACCGAUUUGGUCUCGCCGGCAUGGUGUGAAUUGCAGUACUGGUACAAUCUGUCAAAGUUUGGGCGCAAAAAGGCUACUCCUGCGAUGAAACAAGGGUCUGCGGUACACAAGGUGCUAGAAGAGCAGGUUCAUGAGAUUGUCCAAGUGCGACCAAAAACUAAGGAAGAUGUGUGGGGUCUCAAGAUCUGGAACGUUAUACAAGGGCUUCGUACUCUAAGGCUUACCGGAAUGACUCGCGAACUGGAGAUAUGGGGUGUGAUAGACGGGCAGAUUGUCAACGGCAUUAUCGAUGAGAUCUCGUACUCUUGCCCGGACCCAGAUUUCGAGGAGAAGCUGGAGAAAUCCAAGGCAGAGGCUGAGAAUGGUGCGAAGGCAGCCCUUCCGUCCAAUCAGACAUCUAUCGCGGAUUUCCUCCAUAAUACCAACUCACCCAGCCAAGAGUCCGGCCCAUGGCUAGGGAACCCGUUUCCAGAGCGCAAGGUGUAUGUUACCGACGUCAAAACCCGCGGUAGCAAAUACAUGCCUAAAGGCGUGUCUCUUCGUCCGACAUUCUACCAGCUGAUGCUCUAUCGGAUGCUGCUUGACGCCCUAGCAGCUAAUACUGUUCCUGCGGAUGUUAUCUUUUCUCGAUACAGUUUGACACCUUUGAAACCGUUUACACCUGCUUUCAUCGAGGAGAUCGAAGACCUCGACUCCUGGAAGGAGAAUAUUCCAUCGACCGACGAUCUUUCCGACGUAUCCCGGGAAUUCUACCACGAGCUCAAGACCUACAACAACCUCACAGCUCUCUGGAGCCUGAUGAUGACCGAGUUCAGUCUCGCAAUGUCUGGAUCAGCUUCGAUCAGCGACGUCCUGCAUGCCGAGUUUCGAUGGUCCAAGACUGGAGAUAUUAUUGGGAGCGAACUAUUCGCGUAUGAUACCGCGGUGCUGCAAAAAUACGUGGGCGAAGAGAUGAAAUGGUGGAAAGGGGAGCGAGAAGCUAAGGGAGUUGACAUAGAAGAGGCGUUCAAGUGUCGAAUAUGCGAGUUCGCGGACGAAUGCACAUGGCGGAAGACGAAGAUCGAAGAGGCUAUGGAGAAGCACAGGCUCAGAUUGGCAGCGAGGGCCAAGUCUGCUGUAUGAAUGGUGGAUGCAUCAGAAGCCAUGUCGAUUUCCCUUUGGCUGUGGAGCUAUAACGAGUUCAAACGGCUGGACUAUGUCCUGAUUGAUCGACGACAUUUUGAGCGACCGCGAUGGAGUCAUUUUCACGCAUCACUUGAGUUUGGAGCAUCGGCGAGCAAGCAAGUCUAGUUUGUAUAUACGAUGAGGCAAUGGCUUCAUGAUCUAUAAAUGUAUACUACUCCACUUCAAUAGAUCCGUCGCCAUCUUAACCUCGGCUACCUCAAGA